GCCUCGUCUGUUUUGAGGCUCCAUGUAAACAAUGGUCAUCGAUAAUCCCCAUGUUUUCCCAACCCAAUAUGAGUCUCUAGCAUCAAUGCAUUACAAUUUUGCUAGUUUUGGAUAAUAUAUGGCAUGCUUUGAAUAGCGCUUUAUAUAUAUCUUCUCAUUAAUCCAGCUUUCUUUACAAUUUCAGUGGGAGAGGGGAACAUAGUUUCAAGCCAUGACAGGCAAUUCUUACAGCUUUACACCGGUGCGGCGGCGAAAGGCGGAGUUCGAAGAGAUUGAUCCAGAUGCAGAUUCCAAGCAUUGGACUGCCGCGCGCUGCAAUCGCCUUCUCCGGUCCCUACAAUCCCGAAUAGAGCUAUUGAAGAAAGACGCCGCACAAUUUAUACCCGCAGCUCAAUCGGCAGAGGCUACAAAUAGCACUAUCGCAACUGAUAACUGGGGAAAACGCGCCAUUCACAGCGACAGUCGAGGCGAUGAUGGCGCAAAGCCGAAGAAGAGAGUCCGAGUAACCUAUGGAGGAAGGGCUCGCCAAAAGGAUGAAGCAGGACGAAGCGCUUCCGGCCAAGGGUCGAAAUCAGCGCCCCUUAAGCGUGGCAUGCCCGCAAUAACAAGACCUCCAGGAGAGAUCUCGGUGGAAACACCGAUACUCACUCGAAUCCGGCCUGACGAUAGCAUGAUACGUGCGUCAGCAGUUAAAGUGUAUGGACUGGGCGGCCCAGCCAGGAAAGAGGGGGCCAAAGGCCGGAAUACUCGCUUUGCAUCGUCAGUUCCUGGGAUAUCCAAUUUUCGAUCGAGUACUUCUCUGAAGCAAUUACAAUCGGCAAUGAGUCCUAAGACAUAUACUUUAUAUAUUGGGAUUUACAACGCAUUGGAAUCCCUAUUACGAACCACAGAACAAUCUUAUGUGCAGGCACCUGAACGCUCAAAUUCGCUUUUUUCUUUAUGUCUCCGAAAUGUACACCAACGUAUUCAGCUUGAAGAGGACUGGGAGGCGAUAGAUUCAAAGACAGCAGGGCUCAAAUCCUCGCUGAAACGAGAUAUCUCUGGAGAGAUAUACGCCCAGCUGGAGGAUAUUGGAACUUCAGAGCAUGGCUGGAAACAUUUGCGCACUAUUGUGAGGGAACAUGGCGUGCAUCUUGUUGCUGGUGCAAUUUCGAGUGGCUUGGUUAACCAGGUAUUCGGGGAAGCUUUGGUCAUGCUGUGCUCGCAGAUGGGCUCAUAUCGAGAGGCAGAAGUGUUACUGGAUGCCUUAUUGCUCACGAUGCCAGACAGCGAGCCAGCGACUCCGUAUAGUCGAAUUGCAGAUAUCCAGGAGCUCGCACCGUUAUUGGCACUGGAAAAAUAUGUUACUCAUACUGGCCGAAUGCCGGAAUACUUCCGAAUGAUGAAGGACAUAUUUGGAGGUGGAAUCGUCGCAAUUCAGUGGCUUGCGACCAAGGAGCUUUGUGGCUUGUGGACAAGAGUCUUCCGUGCUAUUUCAGCGGAGCCUGCUUGCCAGAAUGCGACUGAGUUCCUCCAAGAAAUCCUUCCGCUAAUGCUAAAUGCAUCGGCCGGGCAAUCGAAGAGGGACGCUGCCCCAUUCAACAACAGAGUAUCGGUGGCAAUAGGCACUACAUUCUCAAGCGUCCUGGCAACUCUUUCUGCAGUUGUGAUCCUGGAUGAAGCUUCAAACGAGUCAGACGAAAAUUCAAUUACUGAGCGUGGGAGCAAUGUUAUCAAUAUCCUUCGGCAUCUUCACAUAGAAUAUUCGAUACCAUCGACUGAACUCAGGGGUCAGGUUAGUCUAGUAUUCCUAGCGAAUCUUUUUGCAACGCCCCUCAGGGAUGCUGGAGAGGAGCGCUCCGAACAGCUUAUUCGACUAUUACAACAAGCCUGUCAGGGCUCCCGCGGCUCCAUCGACCCAGAGAUAGCAGAGUUUAUGUGCUCGGUAGCGCGGUGCUGUGGCAGAGGUCUAUCAGGCACCGGUUUGGAGCAUUUCAAGCGCUUCUCUCUACUCGUCGAGGCGUGCACAUCGACUGGUGGCGACAAAAAACGGCAUCUGCUACAGAAUAUUAUAGUAUCCAGUGCAUACGUAUUCUCUCAACAGGUCCCCAUCGCAGCACACUUGGACUACGCAGACGAUAUUCGAGCCAAAUUCCAGAUCCAUCCUGAGUUGGGACAAGGGAAGUCACCUGGCAAGCCCACAGCCGCCUUUCGGUGGGAGGAGGGGAUCAGUGAGUGGGUGGCGGCGACGCCAGCGAUUAAACAGAGCAGACAUGCUGUCGACCCGACCCAAUGGGAAGACUCCGAGGUUGAGUCACCUGUGUCAUUUCGAAAGGUUCAGAAGCUUCAGGCUCCUUCUUUCCCAAACAGGAGAGAGAAUGCCCUUGGUCAACGAAUGGCGGCCCGGGUUUCUGACUUGAUCCCUUCCAGUCCUAGCACCUACGGGAGCGAUGGCAUGGGGUAUGACGAGAGAGACACGACAUUCUCCGACAUGUCCCCUCCCCCGAGGAUAGCAUCUGUCUUUACUAGAAAAAGCAUGGCGCUUCGCAAGCCAAAGACGAGCAAAAAACUGGGGAAUGUUGGAGCUGGGUCUGCUCAUCACGGCCGCGGCUGGAGCGUCUACGGGGAGGCCAAUGCCAACAAUGCCACCAAUGCGAGGGGGGAUACAGAUGAAGAGGAUGAGCUUAGCGUGUCCUACAUCCUACCUGACGAGAAAAUAUCUGUCAUGACGGAGGUUCAAAGCAAUAGCAGGCUCAGUGUUGGUAGCCACGGCCGUCGUUCGGGUAUCAUGAGCAAUGCUAAGGCAUCUCGGCAGAUGACUGAAGACGACGAUUUCAGUAGCGACGAACUUAGCUUUUGAGGUUUUCCUAGUCGAGGAUCAAAAGCAUUGGCAGAGAGUAAAGGGCACGGGACAAUAUCCAAUUAGUGGUCUAGACCAUCAUAAAAUAUCUUGGAUGUACUGUUUUAGAGUAGAGUACACGAACAGUACAGCAUAGUACUGUACUAGUGCAAAGUAUAUAG